AGCACUUCAUCAUGUUUCGAGUUCUCUGGCUCCUCGGCUGCCUCUCAGGGGCCUCUGCCGGCGACUUUUACACCGCCGGAGUGGCAGAGUUUAGGCCUUUGUUGAUGGGCGGCAGUUCGGAGCAGCUGCUGGCCGACAAUCUGUCUGGCUACCUGGAGCUCAUAGCCUCGGCCAGCGGCCAAGCAGAUAUUCUAGUCUUUCCGGAGGCCACGCUGAACUCAGUGCUCCAGCUCACGGCUGUGCCGGAAUCCACAGAGCAGAGCUUGUGCGAGGCGCAGCCCGGCGAUGAUGAGUAUAUAGCUUCGUUCCUGCGCCAACUGGCCUGUGCUGCCCAAGAAGCCCACCUCUACCUGGUGAUCAAUGUCAAGGAACGGGCCGAGGAGUCGAAGGAGGAGCACUCGCCUCGUGGCUAUCUGGUGUACAACACCAAUGUGGUGUUCGAUCGCCGGGGAGCCGUGGUGUCGCGUUACCGCAAGUGGAAUCUGUACUUGGAACCCUCGACCAACAGAACCGAGCUGCCCCAAUUGGCCACCUUCAGCACGGACUUUGGGGUGACCUUUGGCCACUUUGUCUGCUUUGAUAUGCUCUUCUAUGAGCCGGCCCAGGAGCUGGUGGAGCAGCUGGGCAUACGUCAUGUGAUUGUCACCAAGAUGUUCAACUCGGAGUUGCCCUUUCUGACAGCCUCUCAAUUCCAGCAAGGCUGGGCUUGGGCCAAUCGAGUGAAUCUUCUGGCCGCCGGAGCCAGUCUUCCGCUGGCGGGGAUGAGUGGCAGCGGCAUCUAUGCGACGCGGCAGGGUGCCCUGGCACGUCUCAUGGUCACGGAUCAGGUCGAGGGCGAAAGAAAGUUGCUUCUGGCCUCAGUGCCCCUAAAUCCCGAUGAGGAGGAAAGUGCCAAACCUUUGGAUGAAGAACCCCAGUCUCCGGAGAAAGGUAAAACCAUGAGCCUAAAGCUACUGCAACAGCCGGAUCUGCAGGAAUUCACCACCUGGGAGCUGCCCAUGGUGGCGAGCAGUUCGGUGGUUAAGCGCCUUUGCCAGGCGGACCUGUGCUGCGAGUUUGAGGCGCAAUGGACCCCGGUUGGUCCUGCUCCUGGCACCUACCGCCUGGGGGUCUGGGUGGGCGAGAGGCGCUACGAAGAGGAGCAGUACAGCACUAUUCGGCUCUGCGGGCUCUUUGCCUGCGGCAACUCCAGCGUAGAUAGCUGCGGCCUGGUCGCAGAUACAGAUGUGGGAGGGUGGGAUGAUGACCAGGUCGAGUUCGUUUAUCUGAGCAUCCGCGGGGAGUUUGUCCACAAGCCGAGGCGCCUGAUUAUGCCCAGCACUGUGACACGCAGUCAUCUCUAUGCCCUGCAGCCCUCACAGUUCUCCUGGUCGCAGGAGGAGUCCGCGAACGUCACCCAUAUUGAGAUGGAGCUGCGACAAGCCCACCGCCAGCUGCUGACAUUCGCCAUUUACGGCAACUACUACGAUGAGCAUGCCGGCGGCGGGGCAGGGGGAGAGAUGGGUGCUCCGAAAGACCAUUACCUGAUUCUGGUGCUAAUGGGCAUGGUAACGAUGAUGCAUCUCAUCCGAGAGAGGUAGUGUGUAGUCCAUAUUGGCCAGAAAUCGUAUCGAUCUUGCGCUGAAUAAUGCACAGGGCUCGAGGGUUUAGCAGGAGAUUUUAUAUAUUUUACUUGUUAUUAAAAAAACAUUUUAUUUAGAUAUUAUAUUUUUAUA